AUUCAUGAUAUAAAUUCCACAGGGCUGAAUAACAAACAAGUUCAUAUUACGAGCUUCAAUGGGGAUAGUGAAACCGAUUUUAUCACCAGUUCAAACACACAGCAGCCAUUGGAACUCUCCAUCAAUCUCCUCCUUCUCAACCAAUAAGUCCUUGUCUUUUCCCCAACUCAAGUGCAUUCUUCAUCCCCCACAAUCCACCGUCCACUCCAAACUAGUGAUAUCAGAAGAAGCAAUGCAGAGUAGCACUUCAAAGCUGGUUCGUUUCCCAUUGUUGAAGAAUGACAAUUACACAGCCAGCACCAUUCCAUGGAGGUUUCCUUCCGAUGAUCCACACAUUCCCACUCCGACAGAGUUAUCUUGGAUUAAUCUCCUUCUCAAUACCAUCCCCUCCUUCAAGAAGCGUGCUGAGAGUGAUACCUCUGUUCCUGAUGCUGCAAAUAAAGCAGAAAUAUUUGCUCAAAGGUAUGCUAAAAUCCUUGAAGAUUUCAAGAAAGAUCCUGCAAGUCAAGGCGGGCCUCCUGAUGUCCUUUUUCUAUGCAGACUUCGUGAGCAAGAACUUAGAGAAUUGGGAUUCAUAGACAUCUUUAAGAAAGUCAAGGAGGAAGAGAAUGCAAAGGCCAUUGCCCUAUUUGAGAGUGUUGUUCGCCUUAAUGAUGCCAUUGAAGAUGAAGGAAAGCGGGUUGAAAAUCUAAUGAGAGGGAUUUUGGCAGGGAACAUAUUUGAUCUUGGUUCUGCCCAUCUUGCAGAGGUUUUCUCUAAGGAUGGAAUGUCCUUUUCGUCUACUUGUCAAAAUCUUAUCUCUCGACCAUGGGUUAUUGAUGACCUUGACACUUUCAAAAUGAAAUGGAGCAAGAAUUCCUGGAGAAAGGUUAUCAUAUUUGUUGAUAACUCAGGCGCCGAUAUCAUUUUGGGUAUUUUGCCAUUUGCGAGGGAGCUUCUUCGCCGUGGGGUUCAGGUUGUACUGGCUGCUAAUGACUUACCCUCCAUAAAUGAUAUAACUUACCCUGAGCUACUUGAAAUUAUAUCAACGUUAAAGGAUGAAGAAGGAGGUCUCAUGGGUGUUAGCACUUCAAAUCUUGUAAUUGCCAACUCUGGAAAUGGUUUACCUGGCAUUGAUCUUAAUAAGGUGUCAGAGGAGAUUGCUUUCCAUGCAAAUGAUGCAGAUCUUGUCAUCUUAGAAGGGAUGGGUCGUGGAAUUGAAACAAAUCUUUUUGCUGAAUUUAAAUGUGAUUCCCUUAAGAUUGCUAUGGUGAAGCAUCCUGAGGUUGCAGAAUUUCUCGGAUCCCGUUUAUAUGACUGUGUGAUCAAAUACAUUGAAGUUUAGAGCUUACAAUUAAGGCUGAUUCUUUACUCUGCUGAUACUACAUUUGCAAUUUUUAGGUCCAAUGGUCCAUUAUUUCAGCAGCAUAUCUAUUACAAUAUAAUAAAUUUGAAGAGUGAAAUGAGAAUAAAUUUUGAGUAGUCUUGCAAUACUGAA